AUGAGGUCGAGCAUGCAAGAAGGGAUGACAAGCAGUUUAGCUCUUGGAUCCUCUCGAGCCGAGGCGUCCUUCAGGGUGUACUACAGCCUCGGCGCCGGCGCCGUGCCGUUCGUCUGGGAGACCAAGCCCGGCACGCCCAGGCGCACCAUCGACCCCGUCAUCGCCGCCAACGAUGCGCUGCCGCCAAUCACGCCGCCGCCACUGUACCAGUCCAAGACCAUGAAGAAAUGCGCAAGGAAGUCAUCUUCUUGCUGGCCUCCUCCGCUGAUGAUGAGCUGGCUAAACAUCAGGAGGCGCCACCGUCGUCGUGCAGUCGCGACAACAAGCCUGCACCAGACCGCGGCGUCGAAGAUCAACGGCUACGGCGGCGGCGUGCCAUCCUUGGGUGCUUCUGAGCCUAGCAUGGACCGUUGGAACUAG